GAUACGUACGCUUUGGAUGCAAAUGAAAUAAUUGCAAAAAGUAUAAUACAUUUGCUGAGGUAUGUUUAUUACAUGUUGUCUGGCGCUUUAAGUACACUAUAAAAUAAUGAAUCUAUAACCAAGAUAUACGACGUCUGCAAAUGACCGUUCUAUGAAAAUAUGCAUUGAUCUAUGUUUGGUAUAUAAACAAGGACACAACCUAUCUAACCGGCAAAAUCAAAAGCCGGAUGCCAAUUGACGUUGUCUUUCAAUCAGCGGUUGUUUUUAGAUGACAUAUUAUUUUAAGAUGGCCAACAGUCUUAGGAUAUCUGUUUUCAUCUGCACGUCCUUGUAUGCAGGAGUGGUACUCAGUCAAAAUAGGCAUAAUAGUUACGCGACGAUUCUACAAGAUACGAGAAAUGAACCUACUCCAGAUGGGACAUUUGGAUAUAUGUACAAGACAGAAGACGGCAUCUUAAGUGUAGCUAGAGGUGAUCCUACUGGUUUGAUACAAGGCACAUUCUCCUACACUGAUCCUACAGGACUCAGAGUGAAUUAUAACUACAAUGCUGGUAACAGAAGAGCACCUGCAGGUGCAGCCCCAAAAAAGGGCAUCCAACCAUCCAAAAAUGUUCAUGAUGAGGAACCUCAGUACGACAGCUUUGCACCUGACGAAGUGGAGUAUGUACCACAAAGUUACAAGCCAAGAGUCAGAAGACCUAUAUACGCUGAUGUAGCUGACGUCUACCAGCAAAGAAAAAAGAAACCAAUCAGACCUACCCACAGAGCAAAUGUCGUAUAUGACGAAAAUUAUUAUUAAUAUUUAUCAAUAGGUCAAUAAAUAAAAAAUAAGUACUGCACUUUAA